UUCCUUAGGGUGUUGUUUCUGGCCAAGUCCUCUCUGCCCACAACAGGCCUCCCCAGUCCCAUGUCUUCUCCCAGCCCUGAGGAUGCCCCACCAGAGCCUGAGCUUGGUUCCGCAAGCCGCAAGAAGAAAAAGAAGAUACGGUCACAGCAGGAGGCCAGCAUCCAAGCCCUCACCAGAGCUGGCCACGGGGCUCUACGAGCUGGCCAGAGCUAUGAGGCCUUGGCUAGCUUCCAGAAGGCCUUCCUCCUGGCCUCCGAGGCCCCACGGACCAGGGACACCUCCGUGCUCCGGGCUUGCGCGUGCAACCUGGGAGCCGCCUACGUGGAGACUGGGGACCCAGCCAGAGGCCUUGAACUGCUCCUGCGGGUCCAGCCCGAGGAGAAGGCGCAGGGCAGGCCUCAUGGAGACCACUGUUUCAAUGUGGCUUUGGCCUACCAUGCCCUGGGCAACCUGACUCAAGCUCUGGCCUGGUACCGCAGGGCUCUGGGCCACUACCAGCCCCAGGGAGACCAGGGGGACGCCCAGGCAAAAAUGGGAGCCUGCUACCAGGCUCUGGGACAGCCUGAGCUGGCAGCCCACUGCCUGCAGGAAGCAAGCCGGGCCUACUCCCAAGCUAAGCGGCCCCGGGCCGCAGCCCUAGCACUGGGGGCCGCAGCAGAGUGUAUGCUGGAGAGUGGGCGGCACCGGGUGGGUGAGGUGCUACAGGUGCUGGAGGAGAGCCGAAAGCUUGCCAACAGGAGCGCCGAGCGGGCACAGCUGGGGUGGCUGUAUAACGACCUAGGCCUGGGCUACUCCCGGCUGCAGCUGUUCCCUAUGGCCGUGGAGGCUUUUGGGCAGGCGCUGCCUCUGUGCCGGGACCCCCGGGAGCAGGCCACGGUACUGGGAAACCUCGGGGUAGCCCACAAUGCCCUUGGCAACUAUCCGGAAGCCCAGGCAUUUCACCGUGCCGCCGCCAGCCUACAUGGCGCUGCUGGGCAACGGUGGGAGCAGGGCCGGAGCUUUGGCAGCCUGGCGUUUGCGCUGAGCCAGCUGGGGGACCACGAGGCCGCCAGAGACAGCUACCUGCACGCCCUGCAGGCCGCCUGCGACUCCGGGGACACGAAGGGGCAGUGGCAGGCCUGCGAGGGUCUGGGGGCUGCGGCAGCCAGACUGGGGCAGUACGACCAGGCCUUGACGUACUACAAGGAGGCGCUGGCCUGGUGUCAGGAGGAGUCGGAUUCUGUGCGACAACGGCUGGUGGCCAAGCUGGCAGACACCAUGAGGACCCACUCGGCCCAGAGAAGGCCCCAGGCUCCAGGAGGGGCCUGCCAGGCAGGGACCCCAUCCGGGGUGGGGAGCAGCACAGCAGGUGCGCAGCCCAGGUGGGAAGAGGAAGAGUGUGAGGAAGGCCAGGAGAAAGAUCGGGAGGGACUGGUGAAUCAGCCCACAGCGUCCAGGCCUGGGAGACUGGAGCGCUCAGGACCCGGGGCCCGUCUUCCCACCCGAGUGGACCACCCUGGCAUCCUGGUACCCAGUGGCCCCCAAGCCAAUAGCAACCUGAACAACCCUCGCCCAGCUCUGCAGGCCCGAGCUGUUCCUUGCCUCCUGCGUGGCCUCGGAGAGAGGGCAAAGCCUGCAGAAUGGGGGGACAUGAAGUUUAAGUCCACUCCCUCCUGCCCCGGAGCCCACCGGCAGAGGUCGUCCCAGUGGUCCAGGGGACCCCAGAGGAGACCCCCCCAGUCUGGCUUCUGCACGAUCACGUGACCUGCACCCUGCUGGCCACAGUCUUCACCCCCACAGCUCCCCCAAUGCCGCAGGUUAAGCUGCCGCCUGCGACACCGGCAUCCGGCAUUGAGCAUCGGCUGGAGUCCUGGCUGCGCAAGCUCCUUGCGUUUGCUGGGGCAGUCCAGUACAGAGCGACCCGAGUGCAGACUCCCAGGUCAGGCAGCCUGGAGCCCAGCUCCUCCGACACCUGUCGCUUCGCUGCACCGUGGGCAUGUUGUUCGACAUCUCUGAGCUUCUCACCUGUGAAAUGGGAAUACUAGGGUUGCUGUGAGAAUGGAAUGUUUCAUGUUAAUAUCUGGCACAUGUGUUCAAAAAUGUUAUCUGUGUCAUAAAAACAUGCCUUACAUUAUGUAUAACUAAUGAAUCUUCAUGAGGCCGGUGCUGUGGUACAGUGGGUAAAGCCAUCCCCUGCAAUGCUGGCAUCCCAGAGGAGCACAGGUUCAAGUCCCAGCUCCUCCACUUCUGAUCUCAUUCCCAGCAGAUGUCUCAAGUCCUUGGGCCCCUGCCAUCCAUGUGGGAGACCUGGAUGGAGCUCCUGGCUCCUGGCUUUGGCCUGGCCAGUGCUGGCUGUUGUAGCCAUUUGGGAAGUGAACCAGCAGGUGGAAGAUCUCUCUCUCUCUCUCUGUCUCUCCCUCUCUCUUGGUCACUCUGCCUUCCAAAUAAAUAAAUCUUGAGGGAUUUUCUGUCCACACCUAUUGACCAAAAGUGGACCCUACUAAGAAAACCUAAGUUUGGGAAAUACACUUAAGAUGUCUUUGUAGAGCACCAAAACUUCCCGAGGAGCCGGCAGGAAAACGGGGCCUGAAGGCGUGUCCACACGGCAGAGUGGGGAGGCAGCUGGGACAGCCUGCAGGGUCCCCAUGCAGACACCUUGGUGCAGUAGCUGCUCUGUGCAUCUUGGGCAUUAGAAUCUCUGGCAGAGCUGUCUCGGCCGCCUCCUGUUCGCCGUGAGCUGGGUGCCCUCGGGAAACCAGAGCCCAUGCCCUCCCCUCCGGCUCCAGGGACCCCGGGGGGCAUCUGGUUUCCAGAGCGGGAGGAGCUGCAGCCCCCACCGCACCCCCCCAUCACACAGGACGGAGGAGGCUCCACCCCGUGUUCUCAUCUUUGUUUUUAAUCAGCAGGAUCCCGCCCCCACUUUCUUUUUAAUGAUUUCUGUAGCUGACUCGUCUGAACUGUGGCUGUUGUGCAUUCUUUGAAUAAUCACUUGUAAAAAGUGUCCAUGCUUGAAGCUAUUUCCUUUACUCGAGCUGAGGGGACUUUGUUGGUUUUGGGGUCUUGGCAGUGACUCCCAGAACAGAGCGGGGAAGAGCCCAGCACAGGCUUGGGUGCCAUGAUGGCUGCAGCCCGGUUUUAUGGUUCCGCUUUUAUGUGAUCCUUGAUAACAGUGACUAACAAUAUACAUUCCUCCUAAAU